UGAUCGCGUGCGUGUUUCAAAAUGUCUGCGCCCAUAGAAAACAUGCAGGAGAAUGAGUUUUGUGAAAUAGAAGCAACAGUUGCGUCAGGGUUUGAAAAUGUGGUGAAAGAAGAUGCCGAAGAAAAAUUUAAUGUACCAGUUGAUGCUAAACGUGGCCGAAUUGCAUUCAAGGUUCCGAUGAAAGAUGUCAAAAAGGUACUGGACCUCGGAGGAAUUGAUAACUGCUUUGUUGUAAUGUCCAGAUUUUCAAACGUCAACUUUCCAGAAGAUGAGCUGGAAUGUAUGGCACUUCUUCGAAAAAUAGUGUAUAAUGUGAACUGGAAGAAUGGCCUUGAUGCAUGGAGUAAAAUCUUUUCGUUUCAUCAUCCCAUUGCCAGCUGUCCAGAAACUGUGCCUGUGGAUUUAGGUGCUCCAACUCUGUCAUCUAGAUUUCAUCAGCCUAAGAACCCCUCUGAAGAAAAGAAACCUAAGUUAUCCAAAUCGGAGAGAAGAAAGCUUCGAAAACAACAAGCUAGAGAAAAAUUUGCAGCACAAAAUGUUCAAAAGGCAAAGGAAGGGGAGAAAAUGGAAAAGGCUGAAGAUCUCGAAACUGUGUCUACUACAGAGACCGGACAACACGAUGAUGAAAACUCGAAUGAGAAUACAAAUAACUCUCAGAAUGUGUCAGAAAAAGCUGUGUCAGAUAGUACAUGUACUGUUGAAAAGAGUGCUCAGAAAGAAACAUUGGAAAAGGAGCAAGCACCUGCUCCUAAGAAACCAAAGACAACGGAUCAGGACCCCACAAAGCCGGCGUUCAGAGUGACCUGUAACCGUAAUGGCCAGGGACAUCCAUUCGAUUCCAUGGGGGCGGCCUCUAAUUUUGGGGGCGCUGUGUACAAUUAUUUCCACUGGAACGUGUCUAUGAAGCAGUUUGACAUUGAGGUGAUUUUGAACAUUGAGGGUAAUGAAGUGUCCGUGUGCCUGGCUUUAACACGCGAGAGUCUGCAUCGCCGGUACAUCACUGCAUUCGGACCAACUGCCCUCAGGGCCACUCAUGCAUACAACAUGUUAAGGCUUUGUAAACUUCAACCAGGUGAGAUCAUAUGUGACCCAAUGUGUGGGGGAGGAAGUAUACCUUUACAGUCAGCAGUGUCCUGGAACAAGUGUGUCUCCAUUUGUGGUGAUAUAAUAAACAACGCCUUGAAAAGAACCAAAGAAAACAUCAACUAUGUGGCUCAGUCACAACCUAUUUCACUAGACGUGGUCAGAUGGGACGUAACAAAUUUACCUCUGAGAACGGAGAGCAUGGAUGUCUGCAUCACGGAUCUGCCCUUUGGUAUACGAGUUGGAUCCAAAAUGAACAACUGGAAGCUAUACCCUGGAGCCUUAAUGGAAAUGGCCAGGGUCACUCGAGUAGAAAAAGGUCGAGCAUGCUUACUGACCCAGGACAAGAAAUGCAUCAACAAGGCCUUAUCAGUGACAGCCAAGUAUUGGAAGUGUCGAAACAUGGUGGGUUUGAAUAUGGGUGGACUGGCAGCUUGUGUUUACGUACUCCAUAGAACUGUGGAAAAGUAUAAUGCUGAGGAUGCUGCACAAAUGCUGAGCACAGCAUUGGAACAUGCCAAGCAGAAAGAAGGGGGAUCACCCACCAAAACAGACACUAAUCAAUAGAAUCUCUAAAACUAAAGGCUGUACAUGUAUAUAACAUAUUUUGUACUGGG